GCAGGAUGUGAAGCCUCGCUAGAAGAAGCAGGAGGAUGGCUAAACCAGGCUCGUCUGCGGCGGUGCUGCUGCUCCUGCUGGGCUGCGUGUCGGUGUCCUCCGUUCAUGCCGACACCCUGCUGUCAGCUCCGCUCAAUGUGACCAUCAGAGAGAUUGAGGUCAACUCCGCCGUGGUCACGUGGGAGAUCUUGGAGGGGGACCCCGUCAUUGGAUUCGCCAUCACCCAACAGAAGAAGGACGUGCGCAUGCUGAGGUUCAUCCAGGAAGUGAACACCACCACGCGCUCCUGUGCGCUGUGGGAUCUGGACGAGGACACCGAGUACAUCGUCCACGUGCAGAGCAUCAGCAUGGGAGGCAGCAGCCCCCCCAGUGAGCCCGUCCUCUUCAGAACGCCCAAAGAGUCAGAGAAGAUGGCAUCCAAGAGUCCAGAUGAGGUGACGAUGGAGGAGGUUGGUCAGGCCGCCCAGCUGAGGGCUGGAGAACUCAUCAUCAUUGUAGUGGUGCUCAUCAUGUGGGCAGGGGUGAUCGCCCUGUUUUGUCGUCAGUAUGACAUCAUCAAAGAUAACGAGCCCAACAACAACAAGGACAAAGCCAAGAACUCCUCAGAGUGCAGUACUCCAGAGCACCCACAGGGGGGGCUACUGCGCAGCAACGUCUAAGACCAGCCCUGCAUAGCCUUGUGCAAUAACCAACCCCUCGAACCUCAGGACAGACCCUGAGACCAACAGAAAGCCAUUCUCAGUCACCACCGCACUGAGGACCUGAUAAACCAUUACAUAAACUUUUCUCUGC